AUGGGUAGAUUGCAGGAUAUUAUCCCUCAAGUCUUAAUUCCACAUGUUCCAGAUCUGAGGCCAUCCCCUUUUACUCCCCCGUCUGCUCCCUACGCUCCAUUUACUACGCCACCUCGACGGCAUGUGCCAUAUUGGAUUAUCCACGACCCAAACCUUGCAGACUUGAUGAUGGAAAGACUUCGGGUCUAUCUGACAACAGCACCCGGCGGUAACUUGCCUCCAAGUCUCCGGCUCCAACAAUACCUUGACUACUUGCCCGAGGAUCUACUCACCACUUUUUCAGGAGCACUGAGUACUGAAGAAACUACAAAUGAGUUAUGGGCCAGAUGUCUUUGGCCACGCAUCCGAUAUGCGGUUAGAGAUGUGGAUCAAAAUGACACUCUUGCCGUUGGGUUAUUAAAAAGUUGGACCCUCUACAGCGAAAGCCCGGACGCUUUGAUCUCCCCUACCUCGGGCACUUCACCCCGUUUUCAUUAUGAAGCUAAGGGUUGGUCUGUCUUCAAUGCAUUGGCCCCACAAAUUCUCGAACUAGCCCAACAUGUUGAGGGCGGGCAGGUGGGGACGCAUUUGGAGCUGAGGAUCAAUGAGGAGGAUGCACGAUCCGUCAUCUUCAAGAUUGGUAUCUCGAUGAUCAACAGAGACAAUCCGAUGCCUUAUGGUAUCCUGUUUGGUGGUCAUCAGUUCAUGCUAUUCUCAUUGUUUCGUAACGAAAGCGCACUUGGGGAGGUUUAUUAUGGUCUGGCGUGCUCGGGUGUCAUCGAUUGCACUGAUAUUACCAGGCCGUUAAUCCCACUUGUCAUCUACUGUCUCCUUGGAAACCCCAAUGGCCCUGCCCAACUAUUCUCGCCAUCCUUUCCCCUUCCUCCUAUCCCUACACAAAUUACCCAAGAUGAGAAACCAGUGACACAAGGUAAAUAUACGAAAUCCAUGAAAGCAUUACCAAACAAAAUCAACAUCCAUACCUCUGCUGCUGAUGGUGCCCAGUCGAGGUCGUUUUCAUUAUGCCGUGAACCAAUAAGGCAAGAUGCUGAAGAUUUUGCGUCUAAUGCAUCACCUGCUGUUGAAAUCUUACUCUCCGAGUGUAUUGGGCAUGGGGUGGCAGGACAGGUUUUUGUCGGCACCACCGACAACGAAGUAUAUGCUCUCAAAGUUGCACCUUGGAAGAGCGGGGGGGAGAUGUUGCAACGAGAAGCUGAUAUCUACAGGGUUCUCUUGGACCUGCAAGGACGCUGCAUUCCUAAAGUUUUUGGAUUUUUCAGCUCUGAGUACCUCAAAGUACUUAUCAUGGAGUAUUCGGGUUCCACGGUACAGGAUGUUUCAGACCUAAGCAUGGAUCAACGUCAUCAGCUACUAGAAGAGCUCUGCCUGAUUCACGAACGUGGAGUUGUACAUGGAGAUUUGCGAGCGGAGAACAUUGUUUUGCAAAAUGGAUCUCCUCAUCCCAUUGAUUUCUCGCACGGAAGCGAACAUCAAUGCACCGGCCGAACGAUGUGCUCUGAGCUUAUCGAGGCACGUCAAUUCUUGUUAUUGAGUCCUGAACCACGCCAGAGGUGA